GCGCAGCGGCCGCAGCAUCAGUAGUCGGCCAGUCGUUGCCACGGGCGUGUAUAGCUCGCAGCUUGCAGCAGGUACACGGGACAGAGCGAGCGAGAGAGAGAGAGAGAGAGAGAGAGAGAGAGAGGGAGAGAGAGCGAGAGCGGGUUGGUUGUCUCCUCCCCCCUCCCCCUCCGCGUGGAUGCUGCUGCUGGACGCCGUGUGAGUGCCGCCACCGGACCCGGGCUCGAGCAGCUCUAUUCUUCGGACGGACAGCUGCGCCUGCGAGAGACGGACUUCGCGGAAGAGACGAAGAAGAAGAAGAAGAAGCAGGGAAGCAGGGGAGGGGCGCCGCGAGAGCGAGAGAGUGUGUACCGCGGGGUGUUGCCGGAUCUACUCCCGCAUCGAUAUAUACACACGGUCCGGCGCGCGCGAGCCGAACCUUCCGCGAGUGUGAAGCAGCGUCGGGAUCGCCGGUCGUCCUUGUCAUUCUCGUCGUAUCUAUAUACGUGUAUGUGUAUUGUACACACAAGUGCGCGCGUGGUGCAGUUCUUCGGAUACAGCAUGUAGGGGGUAUACACGGAGGAAGAGAGUUGUUGUUUGUGCGGAGAGCCAGAGAGGAAGAAGCAUGAGCUGCCGCAGCGCUGUCGCCGGGCCGUCUUCGCCGCCGAUGCUGCCGUCGAGAACGCCAGUGAGCUUGGAAGGCGCAGGAGGCCGCAGCUAAGCCGCGAGUAAGGAAUGGAGGCCUCGUGGCAGUGGGAGCAGCAGCGAGAGCACUGCCAUAACUCGAAUCCCGCGUUGCUCGGGCUCUUGAGGACGGUUGAGCAGACUGCAGCGAAUGAGGAACUCGGCUCGGAGAGGCUCGAGCUGCAGCAGCGGGCAGCAGCAGCAGCAGCAGCAGCAGCAGAGGCUAGAGGGACGACGAGCAGCCGCCUGACGUCGCCGAGGAGGACAGAGGCGCCGAGGGCCGCGCCGCCGCGAGUUACAAUGGGCCCGCGACGACCCCCUCACCCACUUGUGUGCCACUGAGCGAUGCGCGUAGUUGGGGCCGAGGCCCAGCUAGUGAGCAUGUGGCUCACUAGAGAAUGAAGAAGCAAAACGUCCGGACUUUAUCGUUGAUCGUCUGCACGUUUACCUAUCUCCUCGUUGGCGCAGCAAUCUUCGACGUCCUCGAGUCCGAGACGGAGAAACGACGCAAGGAAGCUCUCGACGCCAUUGAAAGAAUGGUGAUACGCAAGUACAACAUAAGCGAGGACGACUUCAAGAUCAUGGAGACGGUGGUACUGAAGACGGAGCCCCACAAGGCCGGCCAGCAGUGGAAGUUUGCCGGGGCGUUCUACUACGCCACCACCGUGCUCACCACUAUCGGCUACGGGCACUCGACGCCGAACACUAUAAGCGGCAAGCUCUUCACCAUGUUCUACGCGAUAGUCGGUAUCCCGCUGGGCCUCGUCAUGUUCCAGAGCAUAGGUGAGCGGCUGAACAAGUUCUCCUCGGUCGUCAUCAGAAACGUAAAGCGGCUUCUCAACUGCAAGGACAUUCAGGCCUCGGAAAUCAACCUAAUCUGCGUGGUGACGACGCUGUCGAUCCUGACGAUCGCGGGCGGCGCGGCAGCGUUCAGCCGGUACGAGGGCUGGUCCUACUUCGACUCCGUCUACUACUGCUUCAUCACCCUGACGACCAUCGGGUUCGGCGACAUGGUCGCCCUGCAGAAGGACAACGCCCUCGACAACAAGCCCGAGUACGUCAUGUUCGCCUUGAUCUUCAUCCUCUUCGGCCUGGCCAUCGUCGCCGCCUCGCUCAAUCUGCUCGUGCUGCGAUUCGUCACCAUGAACACCGAGGACGAGAGGCGAGACGAGGCUGAGGCCCUUCAGGCGGCGCAGGGAGCGGUGCGACUGGAGGGCGACGUGAUAACGGCCAACGGCUCGAUCCUGUCGGGCCAGCUGGGCACCCAGGGCGACACGAUAUCGCUCGACGACGACGCCUCGGUGUGCAGCUGCCGCUGCAGCGGCUUCUACAAGAAGCGCCGGAGACCGCGCUUCACCGUGCGCCGCUCGCCCGGCAAGAUAUCCCACCUGCUGCCGAUGCAGCCCCUGCAGGCGGGAAGUUCCAUAGACGACGACACGCCCGACCACGAAGACGUCUACUCGCACCAGCUCCACCAGCAGCACCUCCAGCACCGGCACAGCCAGCCCCACGCGGCCGAGCUGAUGAUGGUCGACCUGCCGCAGCACGAGUACGCGAUGCGGCCGUCCUCGCUCGCGCCCCUGCUCCAGCUGCCGCCGAUCUACCAGCACAGGGCCAGCAUCUGAUCGGUCGAGGAGUUCGAGGAGGAGCUCGAGCUCGAGACCACCUGCAGCACGGAGCUCGUGCUCGCCGUCAGACCCAGGAGGGGCUCACUCUGAUGAUGGCGAGGCUGUGCUAAUGACGACGAGAGGCGAAACGAGUGCGCUGUGCCUGCGACGAGCGAGCGAAGGAGCAAGAGAGAUUGACGAUAUCAGUGCGCGCGAAUCAGUAUUAUUAUAUACCGAUAUAUAAAUAUACACUCUCUCAUAUAGUCAGUAUUUUAGGUAUAAUGUGCCAAUGACCGACUGCGGAGGGGAUGAUUGUGUCCGAUCUCUCUUUCUCCUUCCUCUUCCGACAUGCGGAGAGACGAAGCGAUGAGAAACGAGAAACGAUUUUUUCCGAACCGACACGCGCCCACGGGGGCAUUUAAUAGUUAAAACAAAGAGUAGAUAGGCAAUGUAACGAAUAUAUAAUACGCGCGCGCACGCGCGUAACGAGUUGAGACGAGAAGACUAACGACGAUAAAGUUACAAUUUUGUGAAGGACGACGACGACGACGAUGAUGAUGAUGAUGAUGAUGAGCAAGAGCAGAGCAUGCACACCCUUGCCGAUUUCGAAGAGCGAAUUUUGCCAAUCGCCCCGGUGGCGUCGCGCUGCACCGCGAGACAAAAGAGACACUCACGACGAUCGGAGCGACUUUUUCUGUAUAGUCAUUACUUAUAGUCUCCCCUGUGGUGCCUCACCAAAGUUCGUAACUAGUACGUACAUAUAUGGUAGAGUGAUACUAGGUUUUCUUUUUCAAUUUUUUUCUCUCCUUUCGAUAAUAAACAAUAUCAUUGAUCGAUCGAUCGUUUCGGCCACGAACCGCGACGAGCUUAUUUAAACAAUUAUAUAUCGAACAUAAAACAAGAAAAAAAAAUGAUAACGGAGAUGAGAAUCGACGCAUUGAUUACAGAGGAUUUAAAAAGAUUGAGAAAGAGUGAGAGAAGUUAUAGAAAGAAAAUUUAAUUACGUGAAAAUCGCCUUUUCCCCUAAAGAUGUUCCACGAAUAGGAAGGAGGUGACACGAUUUAAGCUCUUCCUUCUUCAUGUGAAUAAGAUGAAUUAUUAAUAUUAAAUAAACAAAGAAUUAACGAUAACGGUAAUUUUAGCAAAGACUCGAGAGAACAAUCGAAGAGAGCCGCAGCAAAGCGCAAACUUGUCUUCUGAUAUACUGUAGAAAGUGUGAUGACGCGUAUGAAUGGAGGACCAGAGGAACAUAGGAUGAUUACGUUCAUGAGAGCAGCGUGAGAAUGUGCGCGUGCGAAUUUUGCGUAAAAGGUUGAUCGAAUCGCCUCGUCCUUACACACACACACACACACACACAUAUGUGUGUAUAUAUAUAUAUAUGAUUCUAGGGUACUUGACGUAAAGAUCAAUGGCAUGGAAUACUGAAAUGCAUGAUUAUUCAAACGUUCAUUAAAGAUGUUAUUUUUGUAAAUUCAAGUUCAAUGCAAGGCCUCUCAGUCGUAAAUCUUUUAUUUAUUUCAGGAAGCAUGCAAACAGUUUGUUUUCCUUCGAAAAGUGUCUCCGAUAAAUUUCAAAAAGAAACUGCUAUUACAAUUCUAUUACUAACAUGUGAUAAUACUUAUAAAUGCUGUUUCAAUAUUUCAUACCUUGAGGGGUAAUCGUAGUAAUUUUGAGGUAUCCUUUCAUUCGAUUAAAAAACGUAGAUAACGCUUUUUGAUUAAUUAACAAAGAGAACCAACAUAUUUUAUCGCCAACACACAGAACAACAUGAAUUUUUCUUUACACAAGAUAGAAUUUGAAAAUUGCUGCUGUUACCCCUUUCAAACUGUUCCAAACCUUCGUAACAGUCGCACGGUAGACUUUAUUAUAGCUUAAAAAAAAAUAACAAAACUCGUGUACAAAACAUUAAAUAUAUACAAAUGCCGUGCAACAAAACAAGAAAAAAAAUUAAAAGACCAUGUGUUCCGCAGCACGAGUCGAACUGCUGUGUGAAAGAGCGGGGAGAGAAAGUAAUAUGCGAGCGAGAAACCAGUAUAUGAGCGCUCGAAUGCAUGAAGAGACCAUAAGUUUAAAUAAAGAAAGAUUAAUUAUACCUACAUCACACUGCUAUUUGAAUGAAAAAGAACAACUUUUACAUUAAUAAGACAUUUUACAAUUUGUACAUAUGAACUAUAGUUAAAUAUUGUAUUAAUAAUUAUUACGAUUAGAAAUUAAAGAUAAUUACAAUUACAAUUAAAAGAAAGAUAAAACAAAGAUAAACAAGAACAUUCGCCGAGACGACGUUUCCAUAUUCUUGUUCGUUACGAAAGAUGAACUUAGAGAAAAAAGGAGGAGGUAGUUUAUUAUAUGAGCCGCUCGUGUCGUGGCGACGACGCGACACGAUAUUUCCCAAACACAUUCUCCAAUUUUUAACUUCUUACAUUUAACGACGAAAUAAAAAAAAAGUAAAAAUAAACGAGAUCGAAGUGCGAUUCACAUGCUGUUCGACAGAGAUCACAUAGUGAAAGUAACUUUAAACAAAAAAUAAAUAAAAUUAAUUAAUUAAACAAAGGAGAGUGUAGCUAGUGUCGAGCCUAUCGCAGAAUAAAUGAUUAUAAAUAAAUAAAUCGAAUUCUUAUUGAUAGAGUGAAAUAAAAUGGUUGUUUUAUGAAAAAUGAAAUAUCGUUUUUUCUAUAAAAAAAAUUACGUAUUUUACUUACUUCGUAAUUUUCCGUCGAUGUUCGAUCUGUUAUGUGUCAAGUAUAAGUGUGAUUACAGAAUUUUCGAAAAAUUCUCGACGAACCAAAUUUAUGUUGAAAAAUAUAAUGCAUUGUUGUACAAUGUAUACGCGCGAAUUUUCCGUAUAAAUUGUAUGGUUUGAUAUCCGUGGUUUGCUUUUCACUUUCAUCACUCAUAAAACUAUUAAGGUCUCGUUUAGCGAGUUCUAAAUUUACAUAGACCUUUUCAACAUUUAUCCCAUGAGGAAAUCGUUUCUCGAGUCGUCAUUUAUAUCCUUUUAAUUAAAAAACUACGAAUAUUACGAAUAAAAAGUUUUUCCAAUCAUUAUCGUAUUUACAUAGAAAAAAUUAGGGAAAGUCAAACGUAACGAAAUAUAAUUACAGAAUAUCGAAAUUUUUCAUUUAUUCUCUUCUUGAAAUAACCUCGUAUAAAAAAAUUGCUUCAAAGUGAUACGUAUUAGAGUGGCAAGAUUUUGCGAAUAAGCCCAAGUUUAAGCAUGUGUCAAAGAAAAAUCUAUAUAAGAAAGUACGAUGAAAUUAGUUUUUUCGACCCUUCGUAUGAGUAUAUAAUCAUUAUUCGAGUUUCCAGCAGUCGCGCACCUCGGAAAACAAAAAUAUCUGCGUGUAAGUCGCCCGAUCGAAGAUUAUAAAAUAAAUUAAACGUCGAUGCCAAGAUACAGCACAGGCACGAUGGAAAGCGAAAGAAAAGUAAGCUUUACUACAUGUGUGUACAUCUCAUAAUCACGAAUUAUUGUAAGCAGCAAAAAAAAAAAAAAGAAAACGAAACUUCCACUGUAAUAUACUAGUUAUACAUAGAGAUUCUAUAUGAAAAGAAAGGAUUAGGCGGAAAAAGGAAAUCGUGUAUAUGAUUUUACGAUAGCAUCGUCGAUGUGAUAUAUAAAUAGAAUAUAAAGAAACACAGCUUCUUUCGUGCCAAAGAUUAUGAGGAUUAAUUAAAUUAAAGGGAAGAUACACGAAAAAUAAACAAUGCUUGUUAUGUCGGAAAAUAAAAAUAAAAAUCUUGUGCUCUCCGAAGGAUGAUAAUCCGACGACCUCGUAUGUAAUCUCUCGCAAACUGAACACCGUCGACUCUAGCGUUCACUUUGAUUUCUCUUGUUUUUCGCUUCCACUUCCUCGAUCCUUUUUCCUUCUUACCCGACUCAAAUGGAUUUAUUCAUGUCCACAUACAUAUUACAAGACCACAUAUGACAAGUGUAUUAAUGUGACCUGAUAGGUAGUCACAGAAUUAUUUAUCAAUUUUAAUCGCAAAUGGCCAUAUAUAAUUAUAGAUGGUCGUACGUGGCUAUGAAAGUAAUAGAAAAUUUAAAUAAAAUACGACGUAUUAUAUAUAACCGUAGUUAUAGUCAUAUUUGGUCAAAGAUCUCAUACGUAAUCAUGUAAAUAGCUGAACAUGCAAAAAUUUCAUUUAGUCGGGAAUCAAAGAACACGUGCACUCUUUUCUCGUACAUUACACCAAAUUGCCGAGGCAUUACAAAUUCGUCAAUUUAACACUGCGAUGAGGAACAAAAAAAAAAUUAUACAAAGUUCAAAGUAACUUCUAAAAGGCAUCAAACUUAAAAGGAACUUGAAUUAAUAAAAGCUAGAGCCAAUACUGCCAUAACACUGGCGAAGAAUAAAUCAUGUAUAAUGCCAUGAACUUCUCCCCGUCUUCUUCCCUCCAUCAAUGAAGUGAAUAAGCGCAAAGAUGUGUUAUUAUGUGUUUAUUUGUUGGUCGUAGAGUAUUUACUUUCAUUGUACAGGGUAUGUUAUUCAUCGAAUACUGAAUAUAUUGCCGUUUAGCUGAUUAAAACGCUGAAUUUCGUUAUUUGGAAGAGCGAAGUUUAGAAAGAUGCGGUAUCCACACCUGCGCGAAUAUCAAAUCGAGCGUUGUAUAGAUGUAUCACAAUGCAUGACGUUAAGGCAAGAAACAGAAAGACAACUAGAUGGAAUAAACAUUUUUUGGAAUCAAUCGAACUUAAUAUAUUAUAGCAGUUAGCUUCGCAUACAUGCGGCUGCUUCGCUGUACUAAUUAAUUAAAUAUAAUAGCGUCGCGACGGUUGUACCUUUGGAUUGUGCCGUAAACGUGGAGGUCGUACGAGUAUAAUAGUAGACGAGAAAAUAAGGGGGAAAACGACGACGAAGAAAGCUGCUUGCAGUAGCUCGGAACUGGUGAUUAAUAUACGAGAGAGGGAGAAAGACACUAUGCGAGGGAAGAGAGUAAAAAAAUUAUGGCCAUAAAGUGUCGAAUUGCGAUCGCUCAUUUAUUAUAUAGCAUAAGCUGUGGAAUAUAAGAGGAUAUAGCGCGAGAGAGUGAGAGAGACACGAUGCGAGAAAGAAGAGACGCGACACCGGAGAGGAGGCGAGGAGCGCGACCAUAAAAAAUACUAGAAAAAUAAAUAAAAAAAGAGCAGCGGUGCAGUAAGGCAUAACAUUUAACAAAAAUAAAAAUAAAAAAGCAUGAAGAAAAAAAAACAAAAAAAAAACAAUUAGUGUACGUAAAUUCUUAGGAGAUACGAUAUAUAAUAGUUAUGAGCGCGUUGCAGAAGCCCAUCGAAGGCGUCGAACGUUUUGUUAUGUAUAAUUCUGCAUUGUACGAUAAAUUGUAAUAUAGAGCGAUUGUCGAUGAUAUCGCGUAUGAGCGAUCAUCGCGCGAGAUGAGACAAGGGAUGGAUGAGUGGAAGAAAUGAAUAGAGCGAGAAAGAAAAAUAUUAUUGACAAUGUCCAGUUCCACGUUGACAAAAGGAAUGCGUAUCUCGAUGGCUUUUGCAUUAUAAGCUGUCUUCGCAUGAUAUAUGUUAAUUGCGCAUAUUUUUAUGUUAUAUCAUUUCGAAUUGCCGAAAUAUACUUUGCGACAUGUUCAAUAAACCGUGAGUACAAAAGAAUGAUUUCCCGGAGAAAAAAAGCAAAUUGUCGAAUCACCUUUGUAAUUCUUUAUUGUGCGCAACAUCGCUUCCUGGUCACCCUAUAUACUAACGACGGAUUUGUAUGCUCGCAUAUCGAAGGCGCCAUGUCAUUAUGAGCAAAGAAUAAAGCUAUGGGCCAUCUAGUUAAUGAUAGUCUUGUUAAAUAUUGUUUCGUUAUCACGCUUAUUUGCAAUUAUUUGUGAAGAUAUAUUUUCUAUUAGUAUUUUUACGAACGCGCAAAUCUAGUCAAUAGAUUGUAAUGAUACCAAGAAUGUUUUCACGUUCGCACAAAGCAAAUGCAGACCAGCUUUCUUUCAUUGUAAAUUACCGACACACUGCUGUUGAUAUUAAAUUUGUUUCCUCUGCACUUCAUUUUUCACGUAUUCAACAUAACCAUGUAUACUCCUAAUGAGAAAAAAAAAUGUAUUUCGUUGCUCGCUUAACCUUAGAAACUUCGAGCACACGCGUAGUUAUUUUCGCCUAAGAUUUUUUAAGAUACUCUCUGUAAACUACUAAGGAAAGCGUAUCCAAGUCUCUAUACAUUUCACUUAAUUCUUAAACGUGAACUUUUAUCUAAUUUUUAAUGCAACAACGUCGCUUAAUUUGUAUACGAGUAACUAAAUUACACACUGACGAUCUCGGAGUCGCAGAGAAAACCACUAUACCACCGCCACGAACACCACCACCACCGCCACUAACAGCAACAACAAACACAUUCGUUCGUCGUGAUAUUUUCGAACUUUCAUCUGUAUGGCAUAAAAAGCGUAUCACAAAAAAAAGAAAGCAGUCGAAGUAGAAACGAAGCGAACAAUGAAGAAGAAAAAAAAACAAGAAAAAAGAAAUAAAAAAGCCUUUCGACGUCGCUGCGAGAAUUUACUAAUGUACACGCUUUUGCGAACUGCUCGCGAUGUAGAAUCCAUACAAUUUUUGCGACAUCGGUUGAUUGAUGUAUUAUCGUUUAGCUAGCUAUAUAAGAAGGGGAGAUCCGGUACCUAUACAUGCGCCAAUUUACACAAGUAUACACACACACAACUCGCACAACUUCGCGCGCAUGUAUACACAUUAUAUUAAACGCACAAGCGACAAAAGGGCAUAUCGCGACUCUUAAUCUCUCGAUGCUUCUUUCGCGCGCGCGCGCGCGCACUUUCAUCAGUAUGAUACUUCGAUUGAAACGCGGUGCGUUCUAUACACGGCAUUCUUCGAACUUCUGUCAUUCGGCUCGAUUCUUGUAUUUGUACAUAGAUAUAUGGUAUAGAACUAUUCAAAUGGAAACUCACGUUCAGAGGAAUCUUUCAUCCGAUGUAUACUUUUACGAAUCGUGAUUGUAUUCGAUCAUUUUCUAUUUGUCCAAUUUGUUCAUUGCUGUUCGAUCUUUGCCAAUUUUAAAGACAGCAGGAAGUGCGCGAAAGGAUGCAUUUUUCAAAUACUAGAAAUUUAAUUAUAUAGCUUAUCGAGUGGAUAGCAAUGAUCGAAGUAACGUCUAUACAAAAUGCGAAUUGCGAAAGACUCGGUAUAUCUUCCUUGCUUUGAUCAAUUGCGUGCUACAGUCGUAUGCUUUACUCUCACUUGUAAUCGUGCAGAAUUCAAAGAAUAAUCAACGAAUUUCGCUCUUGUCGAGGGCAUAAGUUGCAUGAUUGAGAAGAAUAAUAAAAAAAUGGAAUAUAAGCGGUGUACGUUGAAAACAAAAUGAACACAUGUCGCAACGACUAAAACAAAAUGAAUAUAAAAUAGAAAAAGAGAUGAUGAACGGUCGCAUCUGUAAUGCGUGCAUUUCGAACUUCCCGCGUUUUUAACUUUGUAUUAGGAUUAUACACGUACAAUUAUUAUAAAUAUAUUGUAAAAGUACGACAAACAAGUGGCGCGUGUGCGUUGAGCACCACGAGUAUAAUAUAAACAAUGUUUGUAACAGUUGUACAUUUUGUGCGACGAUAAUUCAAUGUCGGGGAGAGUAAGGGAAGAGAAUUGAUUCGAUGCAUUAUCGCAACUUUGGUAUUGUUGUUAUAGCUUGUAAGAUUGUGUAAGGUGACAAACUGAUUGAUUUAUCGACCAUUAGGUGUUUAUGUGAUUGUUUACGUAUCUCAGAAACACAAAUGCAGCUAGUGUCUAGAUUCAUGUUUAGUUUUCAUUCGAGUAUACAAGUAUGCAUAUGGUACCGUCGUUUGAUUUUUCAGAAUAAUCAAAAUAGCGAAUCAUAAAAUCAGACCAAAGACCAAUUAACGCGACUCGGGCGAAUACAAAUAAAUAAAAAAAAAAAAAAAAAAAAAAAAAAAAUCAUGUAAAGACCUAAACGAGCAUCGAACGAAAGCGUUACACUUGUAUUACAAUUAUACCAAUAAUGUCAACUCGAUUCUAUUGUGCAUUAAAAAAAAGAAACACGGGAGCGUAUGCAUUUCUCCUACGCGAAGAACCAACCGAAUAAAGUAUACAAGCCAAACCGACGAACAAAAUAAAAAUCGAGAGAAACUCAAUAAAAAUUAAAAGUAAUCAACCAACGACAGCACACACACAUAUCCUUUGUUUCGAGAAAAAAUAAGCGAAAAAUAUUAAGCGCAGAGAUAUCGAGCCGAAGGUCGGAAGGAAAAAGCAUUACAAGUCGCCAGAGGGGAAGCAUUCAAUGAGUAGACACAGCCGAUAAUGAAUUCACGAGAGAUCCGAAAUGUAACGCGCAGAGAAAACCGAGCGAUGCAUCAUUUAAAUAUCAGUGUAUAAAACGACGCGUUCGUUUUCCCCAAAGCUGCCUAUGGAGACACGCUAGAGACAGGCUGCAACGAUGUUACACGCGCGUGACGAAGCUGAUGGUAUAUUUCUCGACGAAUGUCGUACGUAUAGACGAGAGGGAGAUUUAAAUUGCUGUAAAAUGUAUGGAGCGCGAAGGGGAGGAGGGGGUAAGGAAACACGAAGAGCGCCAACUUGUAUAACGACACCUCUGAUUGGAUCGUAAUUUGUAAAAUACCUAAUGGACUUCCUAAUUAUAUGCUGGUAUAUGAUAAUACAUGUGUUCUGCCACAAUAAAGCAGUUUUUUUAAACUA